AUGAACAAAAAUGUUUGUUUACUCGGCUUGAGAACAAAGUUGUUUUAGAGCCAACCUAAAAUGAAUGAAAAAAGCUUCGUUUGUGUUAAUUGCGGCCACAGGGUCAAGGAGUUGUUUAAGAAAUACAGCAACACCCUUAAAACAACCCAAUGCGAUAAAUGUCACCAAACCACUGACAAAUACAUUGAAUUUGAGGAGUUUAUAAUAUUAAUAGAUGCACUUCUGUUAGACUCGUGCGCUUUCCGCCACAUAAUUUACAAUGGAAAUUUUAAGUUAUAUUGGAAAAUAUCGCUGGUGGUGCUUCUUCUGGAAUCCUUUGCACUUUGUCGCCAAAAGCAUCCGAAUCCCCCAGACUCAUUACAUGUCCACGAAAAGGGGUUCUACACUUAUACGCUUCAAAACAUUGGAGACUACCUUUUAAUGACGUUAUUGCUGGGGAUAAUAACAGCCACCCUGAGCAUUGAUUGGAUUCAAAAAAUGGGUUUUCGUAGUUUCACCUUAACUAUUUUUAAGGUGGUGCUGAUCUCAAAUUUUUCCAAGUUCUUCCUAUUGCCCAUUUUGGUGUGGCGCAAUAACACCACCGUUUUUGGAAGGAGUUUACAUCAUGUCCUGGUCAUGGGCCAUCACCUGUGCUCCUUGGUGCUUGCUUACGAGGCAGUCGGCGCAACUAGAAAGCGCCUUCGAUGGUGGGCCCUCACAUUGGUAGUGCUUGCUUUUGCCUUCAAGGAAUCAGCUAGACAGUUUGUUUCACUGGUUUUUGAAGCACAUAUAACGUAAGAGCAUUGUUCAAGCAAUGAUAUAAAAAAGGCUGAAAACUAA